GAACGUCAGCGUGAGCAGAGGAGACGAAAGGUGGUUGCUCAGGGAGGGCACGUGACCUGACAGACUGAGGCCCCACAUUAACUUUUCGCGGCCAGGAUUUCUGUCAACGGCGAGCACCUUGGUGGACAGCCAAACAGCCAACACGCAGGAGUGCUUGCUUCUUGUUGUCCCACCACACACUCCCACUGCCUGCCCAACAUGCAGCCCACGAGGUGCCUGCUCAAGCGCUCGGUCUGGAAAGGCCCGCACAUUGUCCCACUCCCUAUUGUACGGCCCGAGCCAGGACAAAAGAUUGCCCCGAUCCGGACCCAGGCCCGGUCGGCCACCAUUCUCCCCAACUUCGUGGGGCUCAAGUUCCAGGUGCACAACGGCAAGGUCUACCAUGACGUGACCAUUACCGAGGAGAUGGUGGGACAUAAGCUCGGCGAGUUUUCAACGACCCGAAAACCAUUCAUCUGGGGCAAGAAGAAAUAGAAGAUUGCGCUCCCGUUUGGGACGUGAUGAUACCCUGUACAACUGCUGUAUCAAUAGCACGGAGCGGCACCGUUUAUGUCGCAGGCCAAGCAGAAGAACUGGCGAGCCAACAUCCUGCUGGCAUCAUCGCCAAGGAUUAACUUCGGCCUGGCCAAGUAUAUGAGGAAGAAGAAGGGUCAAGAGAACCGCAGAACCAAAUAAUAAACCUUUCGCUUGUAAGCAAUCAA